AUGGCCCUGGUGACGGUGUCAAUCUACUUCCUCGUCACCAACGGUCCUUCCCCCCACUUUCGCAGGGUCUUUUACCUGCACAACAAGAUCAAGAACCCGCUGAUCAAGCCGGGGAGCGAGCCCUCCGCCGAUGCCAAGGCGGACUGGGACAUUGACAUCGAGGACCUCCGCUACUGGAGCGAUCCCGACGACAACGAGGACCCCAACGAUGUCCUGCAAGGCGUCGAGGGCGAUGGCGUCGAGCGAGAUACCGGCGACGUGGCCCGCCUGCGGAAAGAAAAGGACCUGCGCAAGAUGUGGCGGUAUGCCUACAAGACGACGGCCAAUCUCAAGUCGUCGGAACGCAUCUACGGCAACACGCUCGAGAUGCUCGUCCUCCACGACAACCGCACCGAAGGCUUCGCGAGAAAGCUGACGGAAGUUCCGAAAUCCGACGUCCCCUUCACCGGUCAGAAGCCCGUGCGUUUCAACCCGUACCCCGACUACAACAGCGACGACUGGAAGAAGGCUGGGCACGCGGCCUACGUCCCGUGCAAGGGCCACACGGGCGAGAUCGUCCAAGAUUUGCUCGUCUUCAAGGGCCGUCCCGACGAAUGGCCGUCGCCCAAGUUCGGAUCCUACGACGUCCUGGGCAUGGACCCCAACAUUUGCUGGGAGCGCGAGACCCGUCUGGGCCCUUACGGAUUGGUCGAGCAGAAGAAGAAGAUUGACGGCGGCUACGCGACCGUAGACUGGGACAACGUCAACUGGGGCGAUCUGCAGCUGCGCUGCCUCGGCCUCAACUCCGCCCGCUUCGACAUGAAGCGCAGCAAGACCAACGAAUACCUCGGCGCCUACCCUGAGACGGCGAAGCUGGCAAAGCCCUCUCAGCAGCAGAAGCAACAGCAGCAGCAGCAACAGCAGCAGCAGGCGCAGACGCAGAAGACGCAGGACCAGGAGCCACAGCAGAAGGAGCUACAGAAGCAGGAGCCGCAGCAGAAGGACCAGCAGCAGGCCGAGAAGCAGCAACAGCAGCAGGGGCAGCAGGGGCAGCAGCAAAAGGAGCAGACAGAGGGCAACGAGGCCGUCACCGCAUCGCCCAGUACGGCCAAGAUCCAAAGACGCUCCGUCGAGGGGGGCGAGACAGAGGCCGUCAACAAAGUCGUCAAGGAGCCGCGCACCGCCAUCCUCCUGCGCUCGUACACCGGCAUCGAGUACACGGAAAACGACAUGCAGACGAUCCGCGCCCUCAUCACCGAGCUUAGCCUGAAGACGGGCGGCCAGUACGAGGUCUUCCUGCUCGUCCAGUCCAAGAAAAGGGAAGACCGCAUCUUUGACGACCCGGAGACGUACCGGACCGUCCUCCGCAACAACGUGCCGGCCGAGUUCCACGGCAUCACCGUCCUCUGGAACGACGAGCAGGUCUGGAGCAUCUACACGGAGCUCCGCGACGACGAGGAGCGGAGCGUCCACAUGGCCCAGUGGCUCUCCGUCCAAAAGUUUAGCCACGACCACCCGCAGUUCGACUUCAUCUGGAACUGGGAGAUGGACGUUCGCUACAUUGGUCACCACUACGACCUCUUGAGUAAGAUUGACGAGUUCGCGAGGAAGCAGCCGCGCAAGUACCUCUGGGAGAGGAACGAGCGGUGGUACAUUCCCGAGUUCCACGGAGACUAUGACACGGCCUUCCGCGAGGACGUGGCCAAGCGGCAAGGCAACAACACCGUCUGGAACCCCCCACCCCUGCCCUUCAUCCACCCCGUCGGGCCGAAGCCGCCGGUGAGCUCGCACGUCGACGACAACUACGAAUGGGGCGUCGGCGAGGAUGCCGACUUGAUCACCGUCAGUCCCAUAUUCAACCCGCUCAACAGCCAGUGGGUCAUGGGCCAUCACAUCUGGGGGUACGUCGACGACAAUCACAAGAAGGAAGACCUGCCCCGACGCGCCACCAUCGUCACCCAGUCGCGCCUGUCGAAGCGCCUCCUCGACAUCAUGCACGUCGAGGAGAAGCGAGGCAACCACGUGGCGUCGGAGAUGUCGCCCCAAACCGUCGCCCUCCUCCACGGCUUCAAGGCCGUCUUCGCGCCCCACCCCAUCUUCAUGGACCGGGACUGGCACGGCGACUUCGUCAACAAGUGGUUCAACCCGGGGCCCAACGGCGAGUGCGGCGGACGCGGCUCUCCCAUGGGUUGGGGCCGCGAGCGAAGGUAUCAGGGCACGACCUGGUACUAUCGCGCCGAGCCGCCGAACCGCCUCUUCAACAACUGGAUGGGCUGGCCCGACACGGGAAUCGGAGGGACCAAGUGGGAGGCGCACCACGGCCGACCAUGCCUUCCCUCCAUCAUGCUGCAUCAGGUGAAGAACACGGAGCCGACCGACGCCGACCACGCCUCCGGCUUCAACCUUUACUUUGGAUGA